UACAGGGCGCUGUACUAUUCGUGCCAAUUGAGUGGACCCACCGUUGAAGUGACGAUCGGCGAAGUCUAGGCUGAUUGAACGGUGAUGCUUUAUCAGCAUCUCCCUCUCUCUUUUUCUCUCAUAUUUUCGAGCGAGAAGAAGAAACUGCCAAACUUUGAGACUCAUUGACUGAUAUUACAUAUCAACACAAUGAGAUUUGGAUCGUUGAGUGUUUGUUUGCUGGCAUUGGCCACCGGCAUGACAGUACGGGAUGCCAAGGCCCAGACAGCACAGGAGCAAGAAGACCAUGGCUUUGUGGUGGAAAACACGGUGUUUGUGGGCGCCAAUGCCAUGACGAUUGUGAUUGGCCAAGACGAGGACAUGGUUCCCUCGCAAGUGGAUUGGACCGACGGUGUUUGCUACUCACCCAUUUCCAGUGGUGUUCACCCAGGCGACAAGCUGCACUUUGAAUACCAAGCGCACAAUGUGUACAAGAUGGCCUCCAAGGAACACUUUUUGAACUGUAACUUUACCGAUGCCACGCUCUUGGCACAAGUGGGAGAAUCACCUUAUGACUAUGCCGUUGCGGGUGACGACACGGGAGAAGUACUCUACUUUGCCUGCCAAGUGGGAGAUCAUUGUGCCAGUGGAACACAAAAGGUCCAGGUCGCCGUAUCGGCAUUUGCCGGAAAUCCUGCGGCCGAUCGACCCACCGUCGUCUCGAGCUACUCCUUGGGAACCUCUACAGAAGCGUGCAACGAGAUUCAAGAAUCCGGUGCCGUCAGUCAAAACGAUGCCCAGCAAGCCAACAUGUUGCGCUCCUCGUGCACGGACCCAGAACCAACUGGAGAACCCAACACGUUCUACCGAUCGUGUCUCAGUGGUCCUGCCACUCUUACACCCGGAGGAGUCGUCAAUCGAUUGUUCCUCAUGGCAUAUCCGUACCCUACCGAUCGACGUGUCGCUCUGGGACAACGAACUUUUGAAUUCGUCUACGAUACUCCCGAUGGUACUGUCGUUCCAGCACCCGUCAACCAGCUCUAUGUCCAUCACUUGUCGGGAAGCGUCAUCUUUGGACAAGGAACUGAAGGAGUGCGGCAAACGGCUCCGGAUGCCGCCUUUACUCCACCGUACGCGCGCCUCUCGGGCGAUGAAGGCAACUCGAUGGUCUUUCACUUGAUUGAUCUGCGAGAAGUCGACGACUGGUUGGGAUGCAUUGAAUGUCGUUGUCCCGUCGGUGCACCCAACACGUACUUUGAUGCCUUGACCAACACGGGAAACAUUACCGGAGGAGUCAACUGCUGCAGGAACUGCACCAGUCUCACCGAACCCAAACUCGAUUAUCGUAUGCGAUACAAUGUCACCUACCGGGACAUCACACCUAAUAGUCCACCGAUUGCCACAGUAGCGCAAUUGACAUCCGACAUUUCCACCGCCGUGGGAAAGUUCCUCGAACACGAUGUCCCCAGUGCCCAGUUCUUGCCCGCGGAUCAACAAUCGCCCGAGAAUCCUGCCGUUCAGCGUUUGAUCAAGGAAGGACCAUUCAACGAACUCUUCCAGGAGGAUUUCUUUUCCAGGCCUUAUGCAGGACCCAACCAAGUGCAGCUCUUGCGAUGUGUGGCACACUUGCACGUUGCAUCGAUCGAAAUGUACCUCGAAGAUACCGUCACCGGAGAGCGUCUUUGUGAUGGACAGACCACCUACGGUACCAAUCCCGACACCAAUGCGGGCUUUUUGACGGCAGUCGCCGUCGAUGACUAUGAUCCACCCAAAACGUUCCCCGCGGAUCGUAUCGUACGCUUUGUCACGGACUACAAUGCCACUCAACUGCACACGGGAGUCAUGGGAUACUGGUUCCUCUUUGUGGCCGACACCGAGCAAGUGACGGCGCCCAGUGCCAACAUGACGGUCAACGUGUGUAUGCAACCAACCUGUGAUACCAACAUGUUGCCCAUGAUUGACAUGACUCCCUUCCAGCCACAACCACCCGUCGAGACCAAUGCUGCGUUUUCGUCACGUCAAGCCGAUGACUGUGUCGAUACCUUGGCGGAAAGUCCGAGCUGUACGUUCGCAGGGCUCUGUGAGUGUGAAGCGUUUGUGACUGCCGAGGAGAGUUCGGGAUGCGAUGGAUUCUAUGCCAGUCCCAUGGGUGACAUUGAAGUCCGCAGCGUCUGUGCCAAGUACUGUGGAUGUGGCGUUUCCGAAGCCGUGGCAGCAGCAAUAACUUCUGGAGAGGAUUGCGUGGACACCUUGAAAGACAAUCCGUCUUGCACUUUUGGAGGACUGUGCGAGUGUGCUGAUUUCGUAAAUGCCCCCGAGACAACCAAUGGAUGUGAUGGAGUCUAUGCCAGUGCCAUGGGUGACAUUGAGGUCAGGUCUGUGUGCGCCAACUACUGUGGUUGCUCUGGAAAUAUUAAUAAUGAGGCAGUGGCGGCACAAGAAGAGGCGGUACAAACAGGUCCAGUUCCCGCUCCCGCCCCAUUAGGCUGCAGCGACGCCUUGGCCGAAAGUCCAAUCUGUCGGUUCGGAGGGCUAUGCGAAUGCGCUGUGUUCGUAAACGAACCGGAGAGCGAAGGCUGUGGGGGCGCCUACAAGAGCGAAAUGGGAGAUGUUAUUGUCAACGACGUUUGCGCUUCCUACUGUGGAGCCUGUGAAGAUAUCUCGCUGGACGAGCUCUUCCAGGAAACGUACAUGGAAGUCUUGAUUGACGACAUGAGAGACGUAUGCCACUACGGCAGCGAAGAGUGUCAAUUCAUGCUCUCCAACUUGUACUCGUGCGCUGAAGGCAUGCCUGGAAUGGAGGCUGCAGACCCAAUGAUCCAGGCAGCGGUGACCAAUGUCGGACAUCAGGUGGCCAUGGAGACAGCAAAGCUGGGUCACUCAUCUCUCCAUUCUGGGGAGGUAGACCAGAUUGUGGGAAUGUGUUUCGAAAGUGAAGCUCCCUCAAGUAGUGGGUCAUCAGACCUUGAGGACGCAAACGCAGAGGACGAGAGUUCCUUAGCUGGAAGUGCGGCCAUUACAAUGGGUCACGCCUUUUCUGUCUGGAUGGUCGCAGCAUGCACUUUCAUGCUUUAGCAAAGAGUUUCCACGAGGCUUUCGUAACGAACACAUAGUAAACAGCGAAUACGAAGUAAAACAAUGCAGUUGUACAUAGACUCAUAAUAUAUGCAUGCAGUGUGGUUCUUGCGUUGACAGUAGCUAUACGAUUUCAGCAAUGAGGGAGUGUUUCGAUUCA